GGCAUCGAGGAGCUCCUCUCCAUACUUUGUGCAAUCAUUUCCAUCCCACCAAGCUCUGCUCGUCCAUUCCGUGAAUAGUCCCAUCAGAGUCUGAUUUCCGUCUCUUCUCUAUUCCCCCCCUCCUCCUCAUUUAUGCUCACGGGUGCCCGGUGAAGCGCCAGUGGUCCCGGGCCUUUGACAACCGCAGUCAAUCAUGAACUACUCGUCCUCCGCAACGGCGCUCGCGCGACGUGCCCGCGCCUGUGCCUGUCGCGCCAGGGCCCUAGCGCCGCAGUCGACGACAGUACCGACAGCUCUCGCAUCUUCGUCGGCACUGGCUGCUCGUCGAGGAGCCACUCGCAGCUUUUCACGGUGCCGCAGGAUCCCCGUGCCGCAGCAGCACCAACAGCACCACCACCAACAACAACAACAACAACAACGAGCGUUCUCAUCAGCAUGUCUGCUGCACCAAGCACAACCCGUCACUGAUCUUCCGCCCGCAUCCUCAGAAGGACUCGACGCUUCGAUACUGGGCAAAGCCAGCGACGACGGAGCAAACGUCUCGCCGAGCAUACUCUCACGCGCAACGACGGAUUCCGACCUGAAAAGAUCGUCUACAUCCCUACCUCCGAGCUCAUCACAAGCACAGGCACCGCCCUCAUCCCCGGAGGAGAAAACCACCCCGUCCUCGUCCUGGGACCCGUCGCUGAUCUACCCUUCACGCUCCUCCUCCUCCUCCUCCUCCUCCUCCUCGUCGCCGCCGUCGGGGCACCACGAGGUCCCCGAUCCCGACGACGCGGCCUUCCUCUCCACGUCGCCUACGCUGGUGGGGACGGUGUCGCGGGUGGGGACGAUGCAGAAGACGGUGCGGGUGACGCGGCCGAUCCAGGUGUGGCACGCGCAGUUCCAGAAGCACUACACGCGGCCGACGCACAGCCUGGUGCACGACCCGCACAACCUCCUGCUGGAGGGCGACGUGGUGCGCUUCGGCGCGUUCCCGCCCUCGAUGCGGCGCGAGCGCGACCGCCGCGGCCAGGUGGUGGUCAAGCGGCACCGGCCGCGCGACCGCAACGGCAUGGUCAAGGAGCAAGGGGUGCGCUACAUCGUGCGCGAGGUCAUCAGCCCCUUUGGCGUGCCCGUCGAGCAGAGACGGCCGCGCACCGUGGGCGGCGACAAGGGCCGCUGGCUCGGCACCGAGGGCGAGGUGAAGAAGCUGGCUCUGCGGCAGAAGGGGAGGAGGGAUGGCAAGGGUGGCAGUGCCGGCAGCCGCAGCCGCAGCCGCAGCAGCAAGAAAACCCAGGCGCCGAAAGCGAACCAAGGCGCUACCGUUGAGGCGUAAACGUUUUUGUCCUAAGGCCUGCGCCCGCAAGGAAGGAGGAGAGGAGGUUCGUGCAGCGCAGAAGAAGCCAGAGAGCGAGUGAGAAAAGGUCAAGGCCUAUUCAGUUAGGCGGACUCGGGGAGGUACAAGGCCCUACGGCCAACCUCCCCCCUGUACUUUACCCCUGCUGUGUGGUUCGAUGGGCGAGCAGCGGUCCAGAACUGACAUGCGAGAAUACCAACCCUUUGAUAAAAGAGGACACCAAAGACGAACUUAGUCACACAGCAAGGCUAGCUGAUCAGUCAUAGCUCCCUCCUGCCAUCAGGGAUCGAGAAUAGCCUGUAUAGAGACCUGCAUCUAGAGAGCGUAAAGACCAAGGUGGAGAAGCAUAAGAGAGGACCCCCUGAGGCUCGCUCAACGGAGUCUACUUACAGCCCAUCAAGAAGCAUGUCGAUUCAAUUGUCGAGCUCAUAGUGGACUCAGUCUAGUUAUGGCAUUCGCAAGACACAGAUUCCCGCAGUCAA